AUGAGAGACAAGGAUCACUCCAGACAUCUCCUACCUACGGUUUGGGGUUUUUUUUUCUUAAAGGCGAGGCUUGCAUUCCUCAGCAGCUAUGUACAAAGCUCCCUGAAACGUUUCUCGCUAAAGUUAGUGUGCAGGGUUUUCCAGGGCUGAGAGCGCCUAGUCCAUGGGCAAGCCCUUCUGGGAGGUGGACAAGCUCUCCCUCACCUUUCCUCUUCCUCCCUGCAGGCUAGUGCCUACUUUUUAUCAGUUUGCACAAUCGCUUAGAUAAACACCGAGGAGGAAGGAGAUUCUCUUUAAUUAUCAAAGACACAUCUUUUCAGGGGGUCAACAAAGCGUUCAUUUCACCCGCCAAACUAAAGGAGAGUUAUUCCAGUUUAGAAGGAAGAUGCAAGCUGUUUGGGACCUUGAACAAGGCAAAUAUGGUUUUGCUGUGCAGAGAGGCAGGAUGCCACCCACCCAGCCGACCCAUGGGCAGUUUGCUCUGACCAACGGGGACCCCCUCAACUGCCACUCAUACCUGUCCGGAUAUAUUUCCCUGCUGCUGCGGGCCGAACCCUAUCCCACGUCGCGCUUCGGCAGUCAGUGCAUGCAGCCCAACAACAUUAUGGGCAUCGAGAACAUUUGCGAACUGGCCGCUCGGAUGCUCUUCAGUGCCGUGGAGUGGGCCCGGAACAUCCCCUUCUUCCCGGACCUGCAGAUCACCGACCAGGUGGCCCUGCUUCGCCUCACCUGGAGCGAGCUGUUCGUGCUGAACGCAGCACAAUGCUCCAUGCCUCUCCACGUCGCCCCACUCCUGGCUGCCGCCGGCCUGCACGCCUCACCCAUGUCCGCUGACCGGGUGGUCGCCUUUAUGGACCACAUACGGAUCUUCCAAGAACAAGUGGAGAAGCUCAAGGCGCUGCACGUCGACUCUGCGGAAUACAGCUGCCUCAAGGCCAUAGUCCUGUUCACCUCAGAUGCCUGUGGUCUCUCUGAUGUAGCCCAUGUGGAAAGCUUGCAGGAAAAGUCCCAGUGUGCUUUGGAAGAAUACGUUAGGAGCCAGUACCCUAACCAGCCAACGCGAUUCGGAAAGCUUUUGCUUCGCCUUCCCUCCCUCCGCACGGUGUCCUCCUCAGUCAUAGAGCAAUUGUUUUUCGUCCGUUUGGUAGGUAAAACCCCCAUAGAAACCCUCAUCCGGGAUAUGUUACUGUCUGGCAGCAGUUUUAACUGGCCUUAUAUGGCAAUUCAAUAAAUAAAUAAAGCAAAAUAAGAAGGGGGAGUGAAAGAGAAAGAAAAGGCAAAAGACUGGUUUGUUUGCUUAAAUUCCUUCUGUUAAGAAAGGAUAUAAGUGGAUGUUACAAGUUUGCUAAAAGAAGAGAGGGGAAGAAUUUAAUGGACUGUGAAUUUAAAAAAACAAAAGACUGUCAAAUGAACUUUUACAGAAUGCAUUAAAAAAAAAAGCAACUCCUGUGUUGGUCAGAACAACUUGCUACUUAUCAUUUUUGUAUAAAAAGGAAAUUAGUCUUUUUCUUUUUUUGGUAAAUUUUUUGAAAAAUAUUGCUAAAAGUGCAUUUAAGGAGAUUGGGAGAAAAUUAGCAGAAUGGAGACAGUAAGUCUUUUUUUUUCCAAAUUAUAAAUUGUCCUGUGUCUAUGUACUUAUAGCUGUUCUUUUUUGUACUUCUCUGGUUCCAAACCAGUUUAUUCUGUGGUUCUAUAAUAAGUUUUGAUAUAAUCUUGGCUUCUUAAAACUGUGUAUCCUUAAAAUAUAUGUUCUGCAAGAAUUAAAACUGAGUCCAUGAAAAUAUCAUAGGAACACAUAAAACUUUAAAAGGCAACUAAAGAUGAUGGAAACGCACUUACAAGUGGUGACCAAAAAUUUUAGGUGACAUUGAGCACUCUUAACUAGAGAACUGAGGAACCACAUGCACCACUGAACUUCCCCUACCCUGCCCCUACCUUUAAAGACACCACCACAAACCUAGCUUUUAAAAAAUAUUUUAAGAAAGAGAAUGAACUGUGGAAUUUAUUGGCAGCCAAGGAAUGUGUCCAAGACACAUGCUGAGGUUUUGAAUAAAAAGUGAACUUUUGUAAUUUUAAUUGGGUCCCGCUUAGUUCUUGAAUUGUUAUGAAAAUCCUCUGUUUGUAUAUUUGCAAGCCCUUUGUAUUAUAAUUGUUGAUAUUUUCCCUUUUUAAAAAAUACCAUUGAAAUCAGCAUGAUUAAAUAACACUGUUGGCACUUA